UCGUAAGGGCUGACAGGAAACUUGGCGGCGGGUUACGGCAGCGGCGGCCGCGCUUGGCGGCCGCUGGAUGAGCGGAGAGUGGGAGCCGCGGCGCUGAGGAGACGCGGGGGAUAUGGCCGAGGUACCGCCGGGGCCUAGCAGCGUCCUCUCCCCGCAGGGGGACACGCUCUCCCCCUUCCCCGGAGGAGGAGGAGGAGGGGGGCUCGCUUCCUCCUCCUCCUCCUCUUCCACCUCCUCUGCUGCCGCCGCCGCCGCCUGCACCGGGGCCCAGGACGAGGAAGCCGAAGAGGAGGAGGAAGAGGAGGGACCCGCGGGCGGACGGGAGCGGCAGCAGCGAGGAGGAGGAGGCGGCAGCGACGGCGGCAAGGGGGGGCCGCAGCAGCACCGCCACCACCACCACCAUCCCCCGCACCACAACCACCAGCUCAACGGCCUCAUCAGCCCCGAGCUGCGGCACCUGCGGGCCUCCCUCAAGAGCAAGAUCCUCAGCUCGGAGGCAGGGGCAGCCCCCGAGGGGCUGGAGAACAAGCGAGCCAGCAAAACAAUGGGCUCCGGACAGCAGCAGCAGUCAUCGCCCCCGACCACAGCACCGUGCUCAUCCCCCCUUACCAACCACCUCCCUUCCCAGGGAAGGACUGCACCCUCUCCUCCUCCUUCUCCCCCAGCAGCAGCAGCAGCAGCAAGAGAGGACAGGAGCCAGCCUGCUGCCACAACUACGACUGCUGCUAAGACUGCAGGCCGCAAUGGACUGGCAGGAGAGACUGGCUUGGAGGAGGAAGAGCAGGAGGAGGGGGAUGAAGGAGGGGAGGAGGAGGAGUCCUUGCUGCUACUCUCCGGGUCCUUAGCAGCAGCUUGCAGUUUGAAAGGCUCGGGAACGGACUCUCAGCCCGAGGAGGACAUAACGAUACGAUACGUCCGAUAUGAGUCAGAGCUGCAGAUGCCCGAUAUCAUGAGACUGAUCACCAAAGAUCUGUCUGAACCCUACUCCAUUUACACAUAUAGGUAUUUUAUCCACAACUGGCCACAACUUUGCUUUUUGGCCAUGGUAGGUGAGGAGUGUGUAGGUGCCAUCGUCUGCAAGCUGGAUAUGCACAAAAAGAUGUUCCGCAGAGGUUAUAUAGCCAUGUUAGCAGUGGAUUCCAAAUACAGAAGAAAAGGAAUUGGUACAAACUUGGUUAAGAAAGCUAUUUAUGCUAUGGUUGAAGGAGAUUGUGAUGAGGUUGUAUUGGAAACAGAAAUCACAAAUAAGUCUGCUUUGAAACUUUAUGAAAACCUUGGUUUUGUGCGAGACAAGAGGCUGUUCAGAUACUAUUUAAAUGGAGUUGAUGCACUGCGUCUUAAACUAUGGCUGCGUUAAAAGAAACCAUCACAUCAAGCAACUGACGUCCCAACAGCGCAGAGUUGUCCUUUGCAUGCAAUGCAAUUUGUACAAAAUUGCUUUGCAGGUGGACUUAGUAAUUUCCAUGCAGCUCUUAAUCUGUCAGUGUCUCAUUGAGUGUCGCACAUAUUUGUUGCACUUUGGCAUGGCGCAUUUGUUCAGAAUUAAAACCGAUUGUUUCAAACUUCCGAGUUCUUUUGGUACCAGCAAGAUGUGCCAGUUGAUAGCCAAGAUAUGUUCAUUCAUUUGCAAGUCUACUGACUAUUACAUACACAGUGAACAUUUUAUCAAAGAACCUGUAUGUGGAACGCGACUUUUGGUUCCAGAAAAAAGCCAAUGUAGAUUGUAAAAUUCUAUAAGUAUACUAACAUUUCAUACAAAAAUUGCCAUAGUUUUCUGGAAAAAGGCUUCAAUUUUAGGUUUUAUUUUUCAAUAUUGAAUUUUCCAUUCUUAAAUAUUGGUACCUCAGUGAUUAGUGAAUGAAAAAAAAUGUAUUGUAGGGUGGGGUGUGUGUUACAAUGAGUAACAGUAACAAUUAAAUUGCGUCUGCCAGUGCCUGUAUAGAUAAGUAUAUUUGUCUUCACCUCUAAGUUUGGAGUGCAUGCUUUUAUUCUUUUACUUUCUUCAAUUGUCUUUGCAAGAAAAUUUCUGCUUUUAUUUAAAUUCUGGAUUUGAUAAUAAAUUAUUUCAGAUUUUUAUAAUUUGGAUACUUUUCCCAAACGAGGGUUUGGACGGCCCUUCUUUUCUUAUAGCAAGAAGUGUAAGCUAUUUUGAAAACCUUGAGUAGCUGCUAAAAGAGAACCUGAUGUCACCAGUAAUUCUCUGCUGGUUUUGGAUGCACUUUUUUCAUUAAAAGAGUGAGGGACUUUUAAAAGAAGAUAUAGGAAAUUAAUGUAAAUUGGUAUGAUUUUAUUUAAUCAAAAUUAUUGCUAGAAGCUCUGAAAAACAGCUAUUUUAAGAUAGUUGGAACAAUUUUUUUGCAGAUUCAGAUUGCUUUGCUUCAGUGUUCUAAAAUGCUUCAAUCUUUGGUUCUUGGUCUUGGAAAUAAAUUUCAAGGUGCAUUGUAUCCAUUUUUAGCUGCUCUCAUUUUCUCUAAACUUAUAUGAGCUAAAUUAUUGGGGGAUUUUUUCCCUCCAGAAUCAAAGCAGCGGGGAAGGACUUCUUUCUUUCUUUCUUCCUCUUUCUCGCAUUCACUCUUGCUCUGUUUUUCUCUAUUUUUUUUUUUUCUCCUUUCUUUAAUUGGGCUUACAUAGGUUUUACCAAUACCCAUCAUUUUUUUUCAGUAAUUACAGUGUCUAGGCUUUCUUGUUCAGUGUGAUUAUAUAGCCCAGUUCUAUGAAUCAGUUGGGUUUUUUUCACUUUGGAAAAAAAAAGUAUUAGUUGACUUAUGGAAGAACCUAUGUAAUCUGUGAAAAAAGGAUGAACUCUCAGUGAAUCUGCUCUUCUGUAGUUGAGCAUACUCUUCAGAUUUGCCUUACUACACUUUUUUUUUUUUUUUUUUUUUUUUUUUUUUAGGGUUUGGUUUGAGUCAUGGGUUUGGUUUUUUUUGUUUUCUAAUUACUGUACAUUUAAAAACAAAACCAACAAAACCCCUACCUCCAGUAACAUUUGGAAAAGAGCCCUGUGCAGGAAAACUGGAUUUAAAGGAGAGCCUUAUUUUGCACAGACCAAUCGCACAUGGUGAUGGGCAUUUCUUACCAUGUACAAAUUAUGAGUUGUAUUUGAAAAUAAAGAUUUUUAAUGGAAAUUGGCCCUUCGGAGUUUUCUGCUUAUAGACACCAUUUGUACUUUUGAGGGGGUUUGUUCCCCUCAGUAAAGAAAACUCGUAUUUAAAAUGGUGCCCAAGACAAAGCGUUACAAACUGGAGUCCGUUAUUCACAGAACACGUUGGAGUUCAGCGUAAAGCCUGUAUGUUGCCACUACUGCCUUGUGACGUGAGAAAACCUUUUGUUCACAUUAUCCCAAUCCCUCAGGUUUGCCAGUUGUUCUGGGCAGCUUUUCAGGAGGUUUAAUUCAUUGUUAAGACUUAAAUGUUGGUAAUGUUAAAUCAAUCGAAAGAGAUUUCUCUCAACCAUGUUCCAGUGGUCCAGGACGUAGUGACUGCUCUGGCUUGCUUGAACUAAGGAGAUGGAUCAGGGAGGUUUCAUACCUUGUUAACAGCUGCUGGACUUGUAUCGCAAAUUGCAAACUAUGCUAUCUUGUGUGUCUGCUGAUGUUUAAAAACUGAAAAGCCAGACAGGCAAGUUUUCUGUUGGUUAAUAUUUAAGCCGUGGGUGUCUUCAGAUUCAAAAGCCGACUCGGAAGUUAGCCGAAAUCACUUUUUGUGAAGGCACUGCCAAAAACAUCGCUCCUGAGCAAACUUCAAAUACAAUUCUGUUUGUUUAUUGUAAGAAGUAAUUGUCGCCAUGCUCGUUUUGAAAAUACUGCGCAAAAUAGGUGCACGUUUCUUUUAAAAGAGCACAUUGCCUGAAAGGUUCUGAUAUUGCUGCUGUGUAACACACAGUUCACUACGGAAGAUACUGAAGCUGUAUGUGUUGGUUCGUAUUAAAAGAAACAGAUUUGUUCUCUGUGUUGCUUGGGAUUUGGAUAUCAAGUGGGAAGUUCUGAAUUUGCGAAGAGAUGAAAAUAGGUUUUCAAAAGAAAUCUAGCAGUGAAAAGUUGGUUAUUUCUCAUGUCUGUUGCUAAAACACAGUCCUCUCCCCCUCACCUUUUUGCAUUGACAAAUCUAAGGAGUUGAUUGCUUUUAUAUUUAAAUUUGCCCAAAUGUUGCUAUUGGCUGACAUGUCAGUAUGGAUGUUUGCAUUAUAUUGUUUUUUUAAGAACUAAUCAGGUUGAUCACUUCAAGAAAAGUAGGCAUAAUCUAAUUGGCGUUGCAUAGUACGUCACAAACUAUUUUUCAGGGCGCUGCAAGACAUUGCUAAAACUGAGUGCUAUGUUAAAAAAAUUUCAGGUCUUGUAUAAACAUUACAACCUAUAUUGGAGUUCAGGUAUCAGGUGGGCAUCUAUGAAAAUAUCAAGUGUAUCUCAAAAUACUGGACUGCUGUUUUGAGUGGAUUAUACUCUUCUGUCCCUUUAUCCUUUUUGAUGAGAACAAAAACAGUGGGGUUAUGAAAUGUACAAGCUGUCUAAAUACAAUGCAGUCAAAUAAAUGGUUAAGUUGUUUAUCUA